AUGCGAAAGACCUUCAGGCUGCUUCAGACAAACAUGUCCUAUGCUGACUUGAAAAGGCGAGAUGUUGAGUACCAAGUGAGUGAGCAUGUGUUUCUUAAGGUAUCGCCAUGGAAGAAUGUCCUAAGGUUUAGGUGUAAAGAGAAGUUAAGUCCGAGAUUCAUUGGUCCUUAUGAAAUGGUAGAAAGAGUUGGCCCUGUAGUAUAUCGACUCAAGUUGCCCCACGAACUUGAUACGAUCCAUACUGUGUUUCAUGUGUGUAUGGUAAGGAGAUAUCCAAUAGACCCAUCUCAUGUUGUAGCAGCAAAUGAUAUCAAAGUGCGACCUGAUUUCAGUUAUGAGGAAGAAAUAGUUAAAAUUGUGGCUCACUGGGUAAAAGUCAUUCGAAGCAAAAUGAUUCCUUUAGUCAAAGCAUUAGGGCGAAACCACAAGAUCAAUGAAGCUACUUGGAAGACAGAACAAUAA